AUGGAAAGCACAUUCAACGCCGAUCCUUUGGAAUAUUUCCCAUACGAAGUAUCUGAGAGAAUUUUGUCAUAUUUAUCUGUUAAGAACUUAAUGAGAGUGUCAGCAGUUAAUUCAUUGUGGUAUGAUUUUAUUGGACAAUCAAAAAGAUUAAUGAAGAAUGUCAAGAUUAAGAUUCGUAAUCAGGAUUAUAAAAAACGAACAAUUUGCCAUCUUUUAACAAGUACAAGGAACUACGAAACAUUUGAAAUCGACACAAUGGAUCUAAGAAGUAUCAAUGUAAUUUUUGAACUGUUACAAUCACAACAAUGGAGGAAUGUAAUCAUCAAAAAUUUGUACUUUACGACUGCAUCACAAGCACACAUGUUCUUCUCAUUAAUUCAAGAUAGUGUCAGAUCUUUAGAAAUGAGAGGAGCCUAUAUCUUAUAUCCAAAUGGAAUUGACAAGAACCAUGGCUUAGUGUUUCCUAAUUUAAGGAGAUUUACAGCGAUAACAACAAAGUCUGCAUACAUACUGCUUGAAAUGUUUCAAAAUGUUCGACAUCUGACGCAUUUUAGCUUAAAAUCAGCUGAACUCAACGAAGCUGCUUCAAAUGCAGUCAUGGAAAUCCUCAAAUCAAAUGACAAAUUAGAGGUUUUGAAUAUUUCAAAUGCAGCCCUCUUUCCACUUUUAUAUCUGGAUAAAAUCACAAUUCCAUGCAAGCUAAGACAAUUGUCAAUUUUAAAUGAAAAUAAUCGAGAAGGUAGGAAGAACUCUGAAAAUUUUAUCGCAUUGCUUCAAGAUCAACGUGAAAGCUUGCAGACUAUUAUACUUGAUAAAUUGUUUGAAGAAGAUGUCCUUAAAGCAAUCUACGCAUUGCCUAAGCUCAGAAUGCUGUCAAUUAAAGAAUUUACAAAUAUUGAUGCUUACAAUAACUUAAUGCUAACCAGAAGCAAGUCAAUCAAGCAACUAUACAUCAAUGUGCUUCCUGAAAACUUUAAUUUACUCAAGGCAAUUAUUGUUGCUACGCCAAAUUUAUAUUCGCUGACGGUUCUACACAUGAAUUAUAAGUUUAUGAAAUUCAUCAGUAAGAAUUUACCAAACCUUAGAGGCCUGUCAAUUGGCUUCCCUAACAUCUCAUACUUACCACGAGGUGAUAUAUUCAAGAAUCUUGGAUAUUUGUAUGUUCAGAACUACAAGCCAUCCUUGAGAAAAAGCAUUCUUAGAAGAAAGUUUCAUUCUUUAAGUAAUUUUGAACAGUUGCUGUUCCGUACUCUUGCAUGA